CUCAGUGUCUGUUGAACAUAUAUCAGGAUUAACAAUGGGUGCAACAUUCAGAACUGGUAAUCACGAAAUAGUUUACACCGCUACAGAUAGUUCAAAGAACGCAGCCAAUUGUAGUUUUACGGUGAUAGUUGAAGAGUUAACAUGCGAACCACUGUCUGUGAAAGAUGAAUAUGUUAAUGUCAAGUGUAAAUCGGGAUACAAAUACGGAGCUUCUUGUACUUGUUCCUGUUCCAUGAGCAUGAGCUACGAAUUAGUAGGAGAUGUGAAUGUCACUUGUGAGAGAAAUUCUUCAGAUGGAGAUGCCACUUAUUGGAACUGGACCAAUAAUACAGAAUCAUAUUGCGAGAGAUUAUCAUGUCCUGAGCUACCCGUACCGGUUUGUGGAGCAUUAGCCUGUUCAACAGCCUUAGGAAAUCAGAUAUGCACAAUGUCUUGUGCAAAACCUAACGUUGUACCGCUUGGAACAUCAGAACAAUACGUUUGUAGCGACGAUCAGAUUUGGUUGCAAGGGAUACCUCCAAAUUGUACAGACUAUAUAUAUAUAUAUGUACAUCCACGAAAUGCAAUCCAAGAGGGGGAAUUGUUUUUUUACUACGAUGGAGAUUGUUCCAAUCAGUCUGUUCAAGACUCCAUAAAGACCAAUUUCGUUGAUGUUAUGGUAAAUCUAGAAAAUUCAGAAGGAUGGAUUAAUGUUUGUCCAGAAUAUUGUACUGUUGAAGGCGUUACUGUCACCUGUGGUGCGCAAAAUGGAAGACGUCGGAAACGAUCUUCGGCUGUUUCAGUUGUGUUAUCUUUUACCAUAAUAUCUGAAUUGCAAGUGAACGAUAAUUUGCAAGGUAACGAUAAUAUAAUGACGGGUUUGAGUGAUUUCAUGAAAACGAAAGUCGCUGAAGGUGCUUUUGACAACCCAAAUAUGACAACAGGAGAUAUGGUUGUCGGCUGGAGUGAUUACUAUUGUCCAGAAGGACAAAAAGCUACAUACAAUGAUGAUGAGGGACUUUGUAAGGGAUGUCCACCAGGACAAUUUCUACAGAAUAAAGAAUGCAUUGAUUGUGAGAAAGGAUUUUAUCAGGAUCAGGAAUAUCAGAUUAACUGUACACAGUGUCCGGAUGGACAAUCAACGAAACAAGUUGGAUCAACUUCUAUUUCUGAAUGUCAAGACACUUGCCAGCCGGGAACAUUCUCCAACACUGGACUAGUACCUUGCUCACCAUGUCCACGUGGUAAAUUCCAACUAGAAACUGGUGCCAUUGCUUAUUUACCAUGCCCAGAUCAGAUGUUUACUCUGUCGACGGGUUCAGCUAGUCAAUCUGUCUGUACAUUAAUAGAUGCAAUUUUCACAACGGAUAACGGUUUGGUAUCGCUACCACUAAUGGAGAACGAAAUAAAAGAUUUCACUAUAAGCUAUAUUAUGAAACAUGGGGAUUCAUCUGAACGGGGCUUAGAGUUCAAGUUGGGAAAUUUUGAGAUUUCAUCUGGAAAACAGAUCAAAAUGACGGUAGAAAGUGAUUCCUUCAAUUAUACUAUGGCUGUUGACCCAUUUACACAAUGGACACAUAUUGCUUUCACUUGGAACCAAUCGAAGCGAAAAUCAGAGGUUUUCAUUAAUGGACUAAAGAAAACUGAACAUGUGUUUAAUACCUCUACAGGCGAAAUAGAAUUUUCUACAAACCGAAUUUUAGAAAUCAAGACGGAAGCAGCUGUUACAGGACUCGUAUUUGACCGUAGUAUUUUGUCCAAUACUGUAAUAAACCAACUUGCGGGAAAUUGUUCUUCAAAUCUAAGCAGUGCUUUGAUUACGAUGAAUGAUGUUUUCAAGGCUGAUUCGAUAGACACAGAACUUUCUUUUUCUAAAUGUGAUGUUAUUAAUGAAUGUGAGACAAAUCCUUGUGGCAUUGACAACAUCUGUAUUAACGAACAGAAUGGUUACAGUUGUCAAUGUCUAAGUGGUUAUAGUGGUGCUAAUUGUGACUUUCCACCAAACUUUUGCAAAGUAAAUGGAUGUAAAAAUAGUUCAACUUGUAUGAGCAAUUUUGCCAAUUAUUCGUGUGUUUGUGAUUCAAACUUUACAGGAUCGUUUUGUGAAACAGAAAUUGUGCAUGGUAAUUGGGGUUCGUGGUUAGAUUGGUCAGAAUGUUCACAAUCCUGUAAUGGUGGAAACCAGUCCAGAACUCGAUACUGUGAUGAUCCUGCACCUGAUUUCUAUGGAUUGGAAUGCUCUGGAACAAAUAUAUCAUUGCAGGAUUUUUGUCUCAGUUAUUCCACUAUAUACUCCUACAAAAACAGCUUUAACUGUACGAGUAUAUCUGGUUCUACGUCAUGUGUGGUCACGUGUCAAGAUGGAUAUAGCUUUGCAAGAGACUAUCAACCACUUGAUCAAUACGAAUGUGGACCUCAAACUGGUCAUAUUUGGAAUGCUAUUCCACCUCCAUGUGUUCGGUCAGAUUCACCUAGAGCAGUACGGGCAACAGCAACUGUAACGUACAAAGAUGUGGAUUGUAGUAAUGAAGAGAGCGUAUCUGCUACACUGAAGCAGAACUUAGACAACCUCCAAUGUGUUGAGAAUAACACAUGUACGGUCAGCACGUCUACAUCUGGAUGUGGAAGAAGACGGAAACGAUCUACUGUAAUAUCUGUCCAAACUAUCAUACAAAUUGAUUCUGAACUGUCACAACAACCAUUAAUUUUAGAAGAGUUUUAUUCAAAUAAUAUAGUUUCCCCUGGAUUAUUGGAAGUGGUUACAGCAUACACUGAUUUAUCCAUGUCACUUCAUCAACUGAAUACCACAGAUGUCCUGACUGUAGAUGAUAAAGGCACUAUAUAUUCCGCUGACAUGUCUUCACUCAAAAUAACAACCAACAUUGCAUGUCCAGAUGGAACAGUCGUACAAGAGUUAAUUUGUGACGAAUGUCCUUUUGGUACAUAUUGGAUAAACGGAGUUUGCGUUAUGUGUCCUAAAGGAACUUAUCAGAAUGAAAGUGGGCAAGUUAACUGUAAAAACUGUCCCGAUGGUUUAACCACACAAUACAUCGCUUCUAGAAAUGAAAGUGAAUGUACAGUGGACGACCCCGUUACAGAUACUUCGAUGGCUGAAUCAUCCUCAGGAAAUCAAACAUUACUUAUUGUGGCUGGUGUUGUCAUUGGUGUAGUUUUUGCCUUGAUCGUGAUUGUUUCUGUUGCGUAUAUUGUAAGGAAAAAAUGCAGGAAAUCAGCUCGAAUGAACGAUACAAUGUUGAGAAGUGCUAGCAUUGUAAGUGCUAAUAUGAUUCGUCCAACGUUAGACGAAUCGAUUGAGAUUCAUGUAAAGCCUAUUCCUGACGAGCCAGAUAACUUUUCUAUUGAUAAUGCAUUAACCAAUGAGCAGGAAAUGACAGAAAAGACACAGCUGCGCUCGCUACCACCAAUUCAAUCUGGGAAAUUCCAAACUGACAAAAAUUCACUAGGAAAGCCGAUGUUAUCACCAAUCGGACAUGCUUCUGACAUUAAAAUUUACAACUUCAAUUAACUUAUCAUCAAAUGUCGGCAUUUUCAUUUACUAUCUAUGCUUCACAGUGUAUUUAUUGAUAGUACAUGUAUGUGUGUUAAAAUAUUUCAUUUAAUGUUACCGGUCAUCAUGUAUCAUCAGAAGUAUUCAAUAUUUUUUUUCAUAUGUGUAAGGAAUAUCGAUACAUGAUAAACAUUAAACAUUAAACAAUUUAUUAGUAAUAAAUAACAUUAAAUAUGAUACAAUGCUAUGUAACAAUGAAUAUUAAUAUCAAUAUGAA